GCCGCAUUUACAAAACCCCGCUCCAAUCCGAGGCUUAGGGUUUAAGCUCUACUGUCAAAGAAAGGAAGAGAGCGAACAAAGGUCGUCAGCAUGGCGUUUCUUAGUAAAGUUGGGAAAAUAUUUAGUCAGAGUUCUGCAUCAAGGAUUGGUUCAAUUUCGCAACCUUCCCAGCUGUCUAUCUUUCAAGCUAUUAGAUUCAUGUCAAGUUCAAAAGUUUUUGUAGGAGGCCUUUCUUAUGGUACUGAUGAUCAUAGUCUGAGGGAAGCCUUCACCAAGUAUGGGGAAGUAGUUGAAGCGAGAGUCAUAUUGGAUCGUGAUACUGGUAGAUCCAGAGGUUUUGGUUUUGUCACUUUCGUUGGCAACGAAGAAGCCUCCAGUGCUAUUCAAGCACUGGAUGGACAGGAUCUCCAUGGCCGUCGCAUUAGGGUAAACUUUGCAACUGAAAGGUCUCGUGGUAGCUUUGUUGGUGGUGGUGGAUACAGCGGCGGUGGUGGUGGAUACAGCGGCGGUGGUGGUAUUGGAAGUGCAGAUUAUAAUCGCAGUAGUGCAUCCCAGGGAGGGGACAACUAUUUUUCUGCCGAUUCUGGUUCAGACUUCACCAGUAACCAUCAGAGUGGCGGUGGACUGGAUUCUGGAGAUAAUACUCGGGAUGAUUUUUUGGGCGGAGGGAAGUCUGGGGAUGAGGAUAACAACGACGACUAUGCCAAAAGGGCUUGAGGAAAUUAGUUGCUGUGUGAAAACAAAUUGCUUUUAGUGUAAUGUUUUAUGCCUCGUAUCUCUGAACCCAAAAGGCCCUGCGUUGAUUUUUAUCUUGUUUGACAUGUUAUUCAUCAAACAUGUUAUUCAGAAUCAUUCUUGACUUCAAACCCCAAGUUUUAUCGAUGAGUUUCUUGCCUUUGACUGGGGAUUAAGAAUGAAUGUCAACCUCUGUUUUUAAACGACAUCUAGAAUUCCUGUAGUCGUACGGAAAUGGUCUUCAUAUA